AUGUUGGACGCAGGGGAGGAGGAAGCCCAGGAUGUUGUGCCAGUCGGCCAUGAUGAGGGGCCAGCCCCCUCAGAGCAUUCGGCCAUCACAAGCAAGGGCCUCCCCGUCGUGUUCACCAUGUCCAGAGCUUGCACCUGCUGCCUGUGCAAUGCGAAGUCCACCGAUAAGUCGCCUUUGGCGGUGUCAUUGGAUGACUUGAGUGAAGCGUCUGAGAUGGAGGUCAAGCGGCCUUGGGCCAAGUACCGAAAGACUUCAGGGGACAUGGGCCCUUGCCGAGAAUGGAUCAAGCAGCAUAACGAAGAUCCAGGGAAAGUUCGACUGAAGCGAAAGAGCGACCUCUUGGCGGCCCAGAAGGAGCUUGCUGUGGAGCGCACCGACGGGGGGCGAUUUAUCGCCCCCAAGAAGAAAUUCGUUUUGAGCAGCCACUGGAGCACCAAGCGUUGGGGAGCUUGGGACCAGUCCAAGGAGGUCACUGAAGUCAUCAAAGGCCAGUUGCUGAAGGGUGUCUUUGUUUCGGUGGGCCCUGAGGGCGAGUUCGAUUUCGAAGACUACAGUGAUGUAGCUGUCAAGGAAAGAGUUGUGGAGCAUGACUCUAGCAAGCAGGAUAUCUUUCAGGAGGAAGCCUUUGAGUUGAAGAAGCAGGAAAUGACAAAGGCAGUGCAAGCAGGAGCAAAAGCUCGCCAAGCCAGCUCUGUGCAAGGGCCGGACUUGAGCGCAAGCAGCCUUCUGGCUGCCUGCAAGUCAGCGAGCAACGGCUCCGCCUCAGGCGCUGUUCCGGCCGGCGAAGGAGAGAAGAGCGGCUCAAGUGACAGCAGUUCCAGCAGCAGCGAGAGCGAGGAGGACAGCUCUGAAGAAGCAGGUGUCCCCCUUGCCAGCGGGCCUUCCAAGGCAAAGCCGCCAACGCAUGGCAGGGAGAGCAGCCAGUCUAUCCAGAGCACGAAGCAGCAGGAGGCCAGCCGCAACAUGCUGGUGAUAGACGGCCGCGCGACCAGGGCGCGCAAGACUUUGGAGGAGAAGCUGCAGAAAGAAGCGUCUGCCUUUGCUGAGGUCAGCUUGGUCGACCCCCCUUGUGGCCAGGAGGCUGAAAGGCUCAAGGCUUACAAGCAGGAUUGCUCCAAACGAUCCGCUGCGCUUGGAAAGGUCGUGCGGGGCUGUCGGGAUAACAUCCGGCGUGCCAACCAAAGCUCCAACAAAGACAACUUGCAGGACUUGGUUGAGGCCUUGGAAGGACUGGAAGCAUCGGCCACUGCAACUCAACGGCUAUUGGCCCUUGUGUGUGUGGCCAACCCAGAGCCGGACGCAUACAUCACAGCCUUUGACGCGUGGAACGAGGCAAUGGAGGGCUUUCAGCCGUGUUUGCAGUCUUUGGGCCUCCCUGCCAGGAUCCUUGGGCCUGGCUUCCACUUGGCUUGCUUGUUGGCAAGGGCCAGCCAAUCUUUGCUGUACAGUGACCACGGGGCCUUCUGCCAGCAGUUGCAAGCCACGUGCCCUGAGGCACGGGCGCUGGUUGCCGCCUUGGGCAAGCAGCAAGCAGAGGAGCUGGUCACAGUUCAAGUUGAGCAGCGUGUGCUCGGCGCGUUGCGCAACAUCGCAUCAGAGGAGGUUGUCGCCUUUGAAGCUGACAAAGGGCGCUCUGCCCAGAAGCCAACCUUGGAGGAGGCAACUGCCUUGGUAACGGCUGUGCUGGAAGCCUGUAAGGAGCCUGACUUCUUGGCCCGCGAGCUCCAAUCCGCGCUUGGGAAGGCCAAGGUAUUGCUUGAACAGACCGACUUUCUGGCGUUGAAGGAGCAGCUCGAGGUGCUGGACAAUGUGAAAGAAACAGGCAAGGUUCAAGACCAGCCUGCGUUGUUGAGGUUCUUUUGCCAGCACGAAAUGGGCGUUAGCUUGACAGCUGUGGCAGCAAGGCGCAUCUCGACCAGCGGUGAGGAGACUGCCUUUAAGGAGGCCUGUGGCCGAGUUUCGGAGCUCUUGGGCAAACUGGCAAACGCGUUGACCUUUUCUGCUGCCACCAGGACCGCCAGCCUAGGCGCAGAGUUCUUGGACGAGUUGGUCCUGCCUGCGGGCAAGGCCUUGGCUGAGGUCAAGAAAUGCCCCUUUGCGGCGGACGCUUGCAGCAAGAAGAGCAAGAAGCCGGAAGCUUCCAAAGCAGCAGAGGAGCUGGCCACAAUGGAGCGCCACCUGAAGGACACAGCCUCGCAGCUGGCGCGAAUUGAGUUGCAGGCGCGGCUCUACGAACAGCUGUUUCUCGGCUGCAACGUAGUGGGCAGCGGCUGUGGCAAGACUACUGUUUCCCUGACUGCUGUUUCCCGGCGCCCCUUUGCCCCGAACGCAGUGGCCUACGCGCUGGAGCACAACUGCCAGAUCGAGUCGGAUGGCGAGAUGUCCAUCAUCAAUUUGGAUGACGUGGAGAACGGGCUUCGAGCCACGUCCUGUGUGGAGCAUCCGGCUUGGGCGUUCGUACCAGGUGAUUUGCCAUGGCGGGACGAGUACCGCGCCCUUUCCAAGAUUCUGGUGGAGGUGUCCCGUUUUUCCCUACACAGGCAGCCCUCGUUCCAGCAUGUGCCGCCCAUUGCCGUGGAGGCUCCGGCCUUGCAUGCCUGGUCUACUGAGAUGAUGCCAAAACUGGAGAGGUGGGUCAGUGCCUCAGGGCUGUUGGAGAAAACGGAGAAGCUUCUGCUGCAGCCAGUCCGGGCAGAGCUUGCCAGUUUGUUCUCUGUUGGCUUGGAGAGCGUUGCCCCGGUGGUUUCGCAGUGUGUGCAGAGCUUACUUGGCGCUGGGCUGUCCAGCAACAUGGCGGCAGAGCUCCUCAGCCGGGUCCCAAAGACCCACAAACUGCGCGACUUGGUGACGGCGUUUUUGGAGGUGGCAAAGCAUGGCCCGCACGGGGCUGGCCAGAAGACCAACGACGAGUUGAGAGGCUUCGCCAAGAAACUCUGCUGCUUGUCUGAGAAGCUUUGCGUUGCUGUCAAGGAAGCGGAGGACAGCGCCGCCGACCCCGCCUUCAAGCAGGACUUGGAGAAGACGAGAAUUGCUUCGGAAGAGGCAAUUCAGCAUUUCCAGCAGCGGCUAACUUUGCACAGGGAGCUCCUCACCAAAAAGGCGCAGAGUGCCGCCAAAACCUUGAAGAUCGCAAAAUGCAACUUGGACAAGUUGCUGGGCAGCCUGCCAACACCAAGCCUCACUGAGGAAGCAGCCUACAGAGCCCACGGUGUGAAGCACGUAGCGGAACUGGCAAAACAGUCGACCGCCAUGGAGGCCGAGCUGUCGCAGUUGCGCGUGCCGCAGGAUAUCUUGAAGGUCUUGGACCCUGUUGUGUUUGGCAAGCAAGCGGCGCAAGGGCCUGUGAACGUUCUGGAGCUGGAAGGCUUGCCCGUGGAAUUUUCGGACAACUGCAGCCUUACAGCAAGAAUUGCAGGUUUCCACGUCACCCUGAUUGCAGGCCUGUGUCUGCUGCGCAACCCGAUCCUUGGCACCACUUCUGACGACGGCAAGGCAUUGCUCAAGGAGCUGAGGCCUGUGGCCGAGUCUUUGGAGGACCAAGGCACCAAAGGCCCGGCAAAGAAGAAGGCCAAGACUGACGUCGCAGCCGGCUUUGAGAAGGAACCAGGCAGCAAGCAAAAGCCUGGCGGCGCAUGCAGCGGCCUGCCAGCGCCGGAGGGAGCGGUCGCAGCGGCAGCUUCAGAAAAGGCAGCGGCAGAGGAGUGCAAGAACAGUGGCGACGAAAAAGCGGAGCAGAAGAAUAAAAAGGAGAAGAAGGAAAAGAAGGACAAGAAGCGCAAGAAGGACGCAGACAAGGAGAAGAAGGACGCGGUCGACAAAGCACCCAAACGGGCCCGCACCUUGAAGCAGCAGAAGUCCGAGUCGUUGAACAUAGACCAGCAGGCUGCGGCUUUCAGCCGGGUGUUGGAUGCAGAAGGCCUGGUAGAUGGCACUUUGUUGCCACAGCUGGCUCGGGAGAACCUUGCGGGCUUUGCCCAAGUCUUGCAGCAAGAGAGCGCGCCGAGGCCGGACAAGGUAACUUUGACCUGGGCAUCUGCGUGCUCAGGUACUGAGGGCGCCUUUUACGUUGCGAUGGCCAUCAACGCUGCCCUUGGCCGUGGCGCGCGCCAAGACAUCGCUGCAGCAUGUCUUCUCAUGCGAGGCAAAUAA